ACAUGCACUCCGCCCACUAGUCCUCACAUUUCCCAGCUCCAGAAAACAAACUCCAGCCCUGUGUUGUUGUGUCGUCCAUGUGAACUAAACUCUAUUGAAUAUUUCCCAACAGCAGCAGCCGCAGGGUGGACUUCUUCCUAAACUCUCACUGCACCUUUAAUGUUCCUGCGCGCGCCUGGCUGCUGGGUUUGUCCAAUUAGCGUGUAGGUGGAGCACAGGAGAAAACCGAACGGAGAGCGACACCAGACAAACACGACUCGUUUUGUUUUUUUUGUUUUUUCUACUUUUAGCACUUCCCAGACGCGGAGAAAACCGAGUGAAGUUACCUUUCAUUUUCUAAUCAGCUGAAAGUCAGUCUCAGAUCAGCUGAUACUGUCCAAUGGUGUUGGUGAGAGAUUUCCCAAUGAUCGAAGUGUCGAUACCAUCGAUGGAGAGGGAAGUGGAUGAGUCGGGAAAGUCCAAAAAGCUCUUCAGAGUCGAAGUCUUGUUUAACGAGAGGAAACAUUAUGUGCUCAGAAGAAGCAGCGAAUUCCAGACUCUGCACAGAAAACUCAGGAAGAUCAUUCAGACUCCUGAUUUCCCAAGCAAAAGGAACCCGCAUCUCAGGACCAAACCGCUGGAGCAGAGGAGGCAGGAGCUGGAAGAUUACAUCCAGGACAUCAUCUACCAAUACGAAGAUGUGCCGCAGGUGCUGCUGGACUUCCUCCAUGUCAAACACUUUCACACAGGGAACAAGAUCAGCAGCAUGGAGUCACUUGAUGAACUGGACAGUCAGGAUUACAGUUAUUCGUUACCAAAUCAGCGAGUGUUGGGUUUUUUUCAGGAUCCUUAUAUCUCUGACAGCACAUCAGAUCUUCCAGACAUUGUCGUGGACGGGGUUCUUCAGGGCUUUUACCCCCGGGACAUCCGGGUCAGCUUCACUGCCCCCAUUUUCACUGAGCCGAACCCCACUGCAUCUAUAGAGGCCUGAGAUUACAGUUACAUUGCAGUAAAAUGUGUGUGUGUCAAAGUAGGAUAUACAGCACAAAUACCAGGAAGAAAGAUGAAUGAAAAAGCCAUCAGCAUGCAACUAGUAUGACAGUUUUUGUUUGUUGCCCCAGUGGGACUGAAACCCAUCACCCAGCCCGUUGUUGUUGUUGUGAUGCUCCACCCUUUGUGCUUACAGCAGUUGGAGGACUUUAAUUCAUCAUGAAAACUUGUUUUAGAGAAGUAGUCAGACUUACUCAGUGUGUGUCAGUGUUUUUUUAGCCAUGAAUAUGACACACAAACUGAUUUUAAUCAAGUUGUGAUGUUAUUGUGUAGCCAUAAGUAAUCUAAGUUAUAUACUAUAAGCAUAGUUAUAGUGUUUUGUUGAUUUUAGUGAUACUCUAGAUUGAUAGAUGUGAAUUAAAUUUUAUAAUAUAGAUGGAUUUAGAAAAAUACUUGAAAUUUAAAGAAGCUAUUUGUAAGUUUUGCUCUACCCAACAUUAGCAUUAACAGUUGUUUAGUCUAGAAGAAAUGUAACUUCAGUAUCCGUCAGUAUCAGACUUCAUUCCUUUACUUGCCAAGAUCUGUCUCCAGCAGUGGAGAGCAACACCAGUGUUUUUGCCUCUAGUUCUAUCACUUAUUUUCUUCUACUGAAGUUAGCAUGCUAACCAGCUAGCUCCUGCCCUGCCAGCCCGUCUCGUUACUUUCUGAUAUUGAUUCACUGGACCGUCCAGACUGCCCUGAAGAAGUAGUACUGCUCUAACCUCUUGUAUUGUAAAUGCAACAGUGAAGCAGUGAAGCUCUUCUGCUCCCAGCAAGAAAUCACGUUAAGUGGCAGAGAAAAUUUACAAAUAGCUCCUUUAAGAGGCAGACACCAUAUGCUAUUUAAAAUGUUCUUGUUUACAGUGUUUGUCAAAGUAACAGAUUGACAAACGGGGGCUGAAGGAAAAAUCAGAAGUUGUGCAAGUAGAGUUAGUUCAUACAGCUUAGGGGUUAGGUCAAACACAAACAGCCUUAAACAUGUAACUAUAUGUUUUUUUUAGAGUUGGAAUACACUGUUUGUACUUUUAUAUCACUUUGUCUAUGUUGAAAUUGUAAUAAAGAAUCAAGCACAACUCAACCUGUGUGAAUUCUCUGUUUAAACCUGAGCUGUAGAACAAGAAAAUCAACAUUCUGUGAGAAACUAAAGGGGAUGUUAUUUGGAGGCAGUUUU